AUGGAAAGAAAAUAUAAUGUAUUAGCUUAUAAAAAAAGAAAGAGAUAUUUACGGUUGGAUGUUUUAUUGUUUAUAUUUUAUGCAUAUUUUUUGCACUUAAUCCUUAAAAACCAAAAGUUUGAAGCUCGACCAGAAGAUUAUGAAUAUUUAGAGAAGCUAAAAACAGAGCUUGACAACAACGAAAUAUUUAAUUCAAAGAAUAUUUCUCAUUCGGCUAGCAAAUGGAUAUAUGAUAAAAAUAAUGGAAAUAAAUUAAGUGCAUUGAAAACGAAGAAGGGUAAAAAAGAUAAUAAAGAAAAUGUUGAUAAUACAUUUAAACCGAUAAUAAUAGGAAAGUACAAUUUAAUAUACAUUUUUUAUAGUAUCGAAUUUGUAUGUUUAUUAAUAUUUAUUGUAUUUCAUAUAUUAACAUUCUUAUUGUCACAAUGGAAUUUGAGUAUAAACUUAUUUAUUGCAUAUAACAAAUUAAGUAACAAGGGACGAGAUAGAUAUAUAUAUAAUUUGCAAAAAUUUUGCACACACAUAUAUAUUAAGCCUAUACAAGGAGAAUCAUUUCAAAAAAUAAAUAAACAAAAAGGAUUAUCAAAAUGUGUUAAAAGUUGUUGGCCUAGUAAAAAUGAUAUAAAAAAAAAAGAACGGUUUAACACAGAUUAUAAUUUAUAUAAACCUAAAUCUAUGUUAGUAGAAUUAAAAAAAGAAAAUAAUGAUAUAUACUUUUUUUAUAAACAUAAAAAAUAUAUAUUCAACUAUGAAACAUUAAAUUUUGAAUCUGUAAAGCAUUUUGAUAUUUUUAAUUUACCAUUUUAUUUAAAUUGGAAAGGAUUAAUUGAAUCUGAGUAUAAAGUUCCUUGUCAGGAAAAUCUCGUAAAGAAAAUACAUAAAGAAGCAAAAUUAUUUUAUAAUAAUGAACAUAUAGAAUCGAAUUAUAUAAAUACAUGGAAUGAGGUAAUUAGCAGUAUAGAAGAAUUAUAUGAGUCUGAGUGUUUUAAGAAAAACACAGCAAGAAGCAAAUCCACUAGUAUUUCCAAUACUGGUGAUAGUAAUAAUAAUGGGGAAUUGAGCAAACCGAUAAAUGAUCAGCUAAAAGGUGAUGAUGAUAUUUUAGACCAACUUAGUAAAAAGAUAGGAAUAGCUGAUAUAAAUAAAAAAAUAUAUGGUUAUAAUUGUAAAAAAAGUUAUUUUGAAAUACCAUAUGAUUUAUAUGUACAUAAUAAUUUAAGUAAAUAUGGAGAGAAUAUAUAUGAUAUACCAUCACCUUGUUUUAAAAAAUUAUUAUAUGAAGCAAUGUUAUCCCCAUUUUUUAUUUUUCAGUUUUUUAGUAUUAUAUUAUGGAUGCUUGAUAGUUAUUGGUACUUUGGAAUAUUUUCAAUAUUUAUUCUAAUUGUUUUAGAAUCUCAAUUAAUUAAUAAAAGAAUAAGAGAAUUUAAUCUUAUAAAUAGUAUGAAAAUGUGUCCUCAAAAUGUUUAUGUAUAUAGAAAUUUACAAUGGAAAAUAAUAAAAUCAAAUUUGUUAUUACCUGGUGAUAUAUAUAUAUUAACAAAUGAUAUAAAUGGUAAUGACAAUAUAUGUACUUGUGAGACAUUAUUACUAGAGGGAAUGUGUAUAACAGAUGAGUCUAUACUUACUGGUGAGUCUAUUCCAUUAAUAAAAGCAUCGAUAGAUAAAGGUGUAGAUAUGCAUAAUGGUAAUAAUUUGAUUGAUACACAAAAUCAAGAUGAAAUAGAUUAUUCUUCAUAUUUAAAUAAAAUAGAUAUAAAAAAUAAACAUAAAAAACAUGUAGUAUAUGCUGGUUCAAAUAUAUUAUUAACAAAAAAUGAAAAUCCAGAAUUUAAUAAUUCCAAACUACCAAUUACAGGAUGUGUAGGUGUUGUAUUAAAAAAUGGAUUUUCAACAUAUCAAGGAAAAUUAGUGAGAACCAUAAUAAAUACAUCUGAAAAAAUAAAUUCUUCAAGUACUGAUUCUAUAAUAUUUUUAUUUAUUUUAUUAUUUUUUUCUAUAACAUCAUGUGUAUAUGUAGUUUAUACAAUAUUAAAAACAACAAACGAAAGAAAUUUAUAUAAAAUUUUAUUAUCUGCCUCACAUAUUAUUACGGCAGUUAUACCUCCAGAAUUUCCAAUUACAUUAUCUUUAGGAGUAACAAUAUCUAUUGUAUAUUUAUAUAAUUUAAAAAUAUAUUGUACAGAACCCUUUAGGUUGCCAUUUUCUGGUAAAUCCAAUAUAUGCGCAUUUGACAAAACAGGAACAUUAACUGAAGAUAAUAUGAUAGUUUUAGGUUUAUUUGGUUUAGAUAAUAAAAUAAAUAGAAUAUAUGAAUCGAAUCAACCUAUUAUUAAUAAACAAAGAGUACCAUUUCUUUCUUUGGCAGUUAUUAGUGGAUGCCAUUCUUUAUGCACUAUUAAUAAUAAAUUAUUAGGUGAUCCGCUUGAAAAAAAUAGUUUUUUAAAAUUAAAUUGUAGUAUGAAAAGUUUAGAUAAUAUAUUUGUCCGAAGUAGUAGUUAUGUUUCCAAAGUUGGAAAUGAUAUUACUUCUGAUGGGGGAGGUAAAUUUUCAGAAUUUUUUAUUUCUAGUAAAUCUUUAACUAAUUUAAAUAAAAAGUUACCAAGUUUUAUUAAAGAAAAUAGAGAAGCAAAAAAUAAUUUAAUUGAAAAUUUUUAUAUAUAUAAACGAUUUUUUUUUUCAUCUGAUCUUCAAAGAAUGACAUGUAUUUUACAACACACGGGAUAUGAAGGUGAUUGGUAUGGUGAUUCCUAUGAAUCGGAUGAAGAGAUAAGUGUUGAAGAUUAUUGUAAUGAUACAGAGAAUAAUAUUAUUAAUAAAAACCUUUCAAAUUUAAAUAAAUUAAAAAAAAAAAAAAAAUGGAAUAUAGGCAGUAAUUCGAUUACUUCUUCGAGUAUUAAUAGAAGUAGUAAUAAAAAUGAUAUGGUAAAACAAUAUAUAGUUGUUAGUAAAGGAUCUCCUGAAAUAAUGAAAAACUUUUUAAAAGAGAUUCCAGAUAAUUAUGAUAAAAUAUUAAAUAGUUUAUCUAUAAAAGGAUAUCGUGUUAUUUGUUUAGCUGCUAACAUAUUAGAUAAUAAAAUAAUUCAAAAAAAUUUAAGAAGAGAAGAUGUUGAAAAGGAUUUAUAUUUUUGUGGGUUUUUAGCAUUUUUAUGUCCAAUAAAAAUAUCUACACCUAUUUAUAUUUCAGAUAUAAAAAAUGCUGGAAUUAAAAAUAUUAUGAUUACAGGUGAUAAUGCUUUAACUGCUUGUCAAGUUGCACAAGAUGUAAAUAUGAUACCAUCUGUAAAAGAUAAAGAUAUUUUAAUUUUAAAAAAAAAUGAGUCAUACAAUAAGGGAAGUAGUUUACAUUUAAAAAGAUAUGAAACAUCAUCAUCUCUAAGUGUUAGUGAAAAUAUACAUAACUUUAUCGAUGACAUUAAAAAUAGAAGAAGUUUAAGUGACGAUAAAAUAGAUGUAUUGAAAAAGGAAGCUAUAUUCAUUUUAGAAAAUAUUUUUAAAGAAGAUAUAAAUAAAAAAAAAAUAGCUGAAAAUUUAAUUAAUGUGAUAAAGAAAGAGAAAAAUGUAAAUGAUAUAUUAUUUUUUAGUAAUAGAGAAGAUAAAAAAAUCAUACCAUUUUUUAUAGGGAAUGAAGAAUAUAUAAAAUUAUGUUCUGAAUUAUUUACUUUAUGUAUAACAGGAGAUAUAAUUGAAUAUUUUUUUAUGGAGUAUCAAAAUAAUAUAAAUUUAAUUGAUAUGCUAAUAAAUAAAGUUCAUAUAUUUUGUAGAGUAUCUCCUAAGAAUAAAGAAAUAAUUAUUAAGACAUUAAAUAAGUUAGGUAAUAUAACAAUAAUGUGUGGAGAUGGUACUAAUGAUAUGGCUGCAUUGAAAGCAGCACAUGUAGGUGUAUCAUUAUUAAGUAUAAAAAUAUGCUAUAAAAAUAAAGAUGUAAAAUCAAAAAUUCGUGGAAGUAAUAAUUAUAUGCAUACUAACUCGAUAUUAGAUCAUCAAAGUGACUAUUAUAGAAAUCGUGUUCCUAAUGUUAAUAAUUGUAUUAAUGAUUAUAAUAAUGUGGUUGCAAAAUAUGGAAAUAUUCCACCAUAUAAUCCUGACAAUAACAUGAAUGCAAAAUAUUAUGAGCAAAUGAAAUUAUAUAAUGAAAGAAAACAGCAAUUAGAAAACAUGAUGAAGACUAUGGAUGAUUCAUUACCACUAAUUAAGUUAGGAGAAGCAAGUAUAGCAUCUCCAUUUACAUAUAAAGGGAAUGAUAUAAAAUGUGUUAAAGAAAUAAUAUCUUGUGGUAGAUGUGCUUUAUCAAAAGUUAUCAUGAUGUAUAAACUGAUGAUUAUAAAUUCAUUAAUAACGGCUUUUUCUGUAUCUAUAUUAACAUUAGAUGGAGUAAAAUUAAGUGAUGCACAAACUACUGUUAUAUCUUUAUUAUAUACAACCUUUAUAGUUUUAAUAUCAAAAACAACACCGUUGGAAAAUAUAUCUAGUUAUGCUCCACCAAAUUCCCUUUUUAAUAUUACAGUUGUUUUAUCUUUGAUAUGCCAAGUUAUAGUUCAUUUUUCUAUUUUAAUUUAUGGAUGGAUUGUAGCUAGUUCAUAUAGAGGGCCAGAUUAUGUACCAGAUUUAAAAGGAGAAUUUUCUCCUAACAUAGUUAAUACUUGUAUUUAUUAUUUAAUUUAUUGUAUAAACUUAUCAAUUUUUUUAUGCAAUUAUGAAGGAUUACCUUUUAUGUUACCAUUACAUAAAAAUAAAGAGCUUGUUUAUAUAUUUAUAGGGAAUUUUUUUUUCUUAUUUUUAAAUGUAAUGAAUAUAGUUCCUUAUAUUAAUUAUUUUUUUUCCCUUGUCCCAUUCCCUACUUAUCGCUUGAAAUUUUUAUUUUUGUCUUUGAUGAUUUUAGAUAUUUUAGCGCCUUAUAUGUUUUGUAAUUUUAUUAGGCAUGUCAGAUUGUAUAUAUUUCAAAAAUAUAAAAUUAAUCUGUAA